UCUUUGUCCUGAAAGAGCUUUAAACCAAGUGAAAUUGAGUGCAGAUCACUCAUGAGAUGACUAACUGAUCAACAAUAGCCAACUUUAUAACAUGGCAGGUGUCGUUCUCGAAAAUCUAAGCUGGAAGAAGCUUAUAAUACUCGGUGUAUUCCUUUUGGUCUUAUUGAUCACAUUCUUUUUGGUUGGAGGCCUCGUAGCACCCAAGCCAUCAAAUGUUGUCACAGUGUUGGGUACCAAAUGUUAUGACAAUGGAAAGAAGCUCAACAGGAGUAAAUGGUUUGUUUCAAGGGGAAUUCACAAGUGUGAGGAACUACAAAAUCUUGAUCCUACCGAUGAGAUGAUAGUGAACAAAAGCAUCACAGAGAAGCAGGUGGUCUUUUCCUUUUGGCUACCUGGUCCAAGAGGUGGUGAAGAAAGGAAAAUGACCCCUCUGUUUCAAAACAUGUUAGCUGUCCUGCAAGUUGAUAUAGAACACAGUGAUAAAGUACCAUUGUCUAAGAAUCCUGUUCUUCAGCUCGAUGUUCGUUUAGGGGCCAGAGAUGAAGGUGACGAUGAAGAUGAUUGGAAACAAAUUGCCAGCUCGGUAGAAGACCGUAACCUUCAAUGUACACUGGAAAAGGGCAAAGGGGAAGGUUACUUGUAUGACUGUGAACUCCUGCAGCUGUUUGAGCUGGGAAGCAUCAGUAACCACUACUACUUGGUCAACAUCAGACUCCCUGUCAAUUUCCUGAAAGGCUACAAUGUCGGAAUUGGAAAAGUGGUGGAUAUAUCCAUUCAUUUGAUUCAUCAGAAUGGAGGUUUUACUAUCGUGUGGAUGAGUAUGAAGUCUGUGCUGUUUGUUAUGGUCUUAUCACUUCUUAUCUGGUUCUGGAGAAGAAUCAUGCAGCUAGGAAGACCACCCAAUUUAUUGGAAAGAACACUUUUUUCGUUGGGAGUAGUCAUGUCAAUUCUUGACUGUCCAAUUGAACUGCUGCAGCUGGGUGUAGAUAUUCCGUUCAUGUUGCUUCUGAAUGACAUCAGACAGGGUGCUUUCUAUGCCAUGUUGAUGUCAUUUUGGGUCAUUUUUGCUGGAGAACACAUUAUGGAUCAAACGGAGAGGAAUCGAUUGAGUUUGUAUUGGAAACACCUGUCCGCCAUCAUAUUUGGGUCCAUCUGUCUCUUUGUUUUUGAUAUGUGUGAAAGAGGAAUUCAGUUAAAGAACCCCUUCUUCAGUAUAUGGGUCACCAGUGCUGGAACCAAAUUAGCUCUUGCCUUCAUCAUUUUGGCCGGAAUCGCUGCUGGAUGCUACUUUCUGUUCUUGUGCUAUAUGAUUUUCUGUGUUAUGAAGAAUAUAAGCGCAAAGAAAGCCUCUCUUCCAACCAUGAGUCAACUACGGCGCAAAUAUUACUUGGGUGUUAUCUACCGGUUCCGUUUUCUGAUGAUGGCCACCCUUGUGUGUGCAGCGUGCACUGUGGUCUUCUUCAUCAUGUCUCAGUUGAACGAGGGAGAAUGGAGAUGGGGAGAUGAAGAUCUUAGUCUGGAGUUCACUAGUGCUUUCUUUACAGGAGUGUUUGGAAUGUGGAACAUCUAUGUAUGUGGCCUGUUGUCUUUAUAUGCACCAUCUCAUAAAACUGUUGUUGAAAUUGACUCUGCUGAUGGAUCCACUGAAGAAAACGUUCAGCUGACUCAAUUGCCAACCACCCCCUCAGAAACCUCAGCACUGCAGGCUCUGACCUCCAAAGCUGCCCAGGACUAAAGGGACAUGGUCUAACAAACAGAGUGUCGGAGUUGCAAAAGGAAUAGGUUGUAAAUACAGUUUCAUUGGAAGAUGAAUCUUCAAAUGGUUUGCCACUUUUUGUUCAAAGGAGCAAGGAUGCAGUUUUGACAAUGCUUCCAGUGUAUAAAAUGACUUGAUCCGAGUCAAAUAAUGGCUUGUAUAUAGUUCAUUUCAGCAAUAUAUUUAUUCUGUGUUUUUUGUGUUUUUUUUUGAAAAAUGUGUUCUUGAUUGUAUUAUGCUACAGAUCUGAUUUUUUUGUAUGCUUUACAUGUUAUGAUAUACAAUAGUAGUUGUGAAUAGUCUUUAUACCUUUAGUCCCCCAUUAUUUUUACAAUAUUCUAUUGUUUAUAAAACAUUGUCAUGAUAUUUUGAUGCCCUAAAUUUUUAUAUAUUUCCUUGUUUUUCCCAAGGUGGGCUGGAUUUGAGUAACUUUUAUGUUGUUUCCAAUCACAACUUCCUUGUUCAAAGAAUUUUAGGAAAAAAAACCCAACUGCAUAUAGAUUAAAUCAAAAAUAUUAAAAUGCUAGUCUGAUUAUUGAUACCUCCAAAGUUUUGGUAGUUCCUAAAUUAUAUCUUUAAUACUUGCUCUUUCCAAAUAUUGAAAUAGAUCAUCGUAUUAAAGCAACCAUGAAUUAUAUGCUGAUUUUAGUAAGAAGGUUAUAAAAAAGCAAUGUAUUGAUAAAAAAAAAUGUUGUAAAUUAUUUUACUUACAAAUUUAUAUACACUUGCAUUGGAUAUUUGCCAUUCCUUUAUGUUUAGCUUAAAAAGGUAACAUCAAAUUGCCUCUAUUAAAAGGAAGAAACUUUGUCUCUGCGAUUGGAUCAAGUGUAUAAAAAUAUACAAUGUUUACAAUAUAUGGUUGUCAAUUUAGUGAUACACAAGAUAAAUCAUGUAAAUAUUUUUGACAGGAGAUGUUCUCAAAGGUAUGCCUACUUAAAAACUUUAGAUAAAUUUUAUGUUUGUUUUUGAAAUGUGAUACUUAUUUUACUUGUUAUAUGCUGGUACGUUUACAAGAUAUAGAUUAUUUUACAUAUUUAUACGCAACAUUCAAUUUUUUUUCAAUAUACAUACUUUGAAUCAUUUUUUGUGUACUUAAUGUAUUGAUGCUUUUUUGGAGGGGCUAAAAUUGGUGUUAUUAAAAUAUCUUGGUAUACUAGUACCUAAAAAUUAUUUUUUGAAAUAUAAUUACAUUAAUUAAUCCUUGUAAAAUAAAUACAGUGGAAAGAAAGAAGAAACAUACAAUUCAACAUAUGUGUUUAAAUACCUUUUCAUUUUGAUAAUGUAUUUUUUGAAAAUUUUUAGAAUCAUGUUCUAAAAGAGAUUGUUGGUUUGCAAAAAAAAAAAAAAAAAAAAAAAAUGUCGCUAAACCUGGAUUGCAAUGGAAUUAUUCAUUAUAUACAUGAAACUAUACUAUUUUUUCCUGUAAUUUUAAAAAUGUGAGAAAACAAACGAAAUUUAGGCUUAAAAUUAUUCUUUAUAAAAAAAAUUGGGGAAAAAUCUCAUUUUGAUGCCUACAGAUUUUGUCUCUUAUUUUUGUAAACAGUUGAAGAGUUCAAUGAAAAGACAUUGAUUUUGUUUAAAAAUUGUUUAAUCUUUGUGAUGCUCUGUGUAAUAAAUGUUAUCUAUGUA